GUGCGGCUUAGCUCUCCUAACCCAAAGCUCUCAGUUGGGACUUCACCGAACCGGAAAAAAAAAUUUCUGUCUACAAAGUCUAGUUCUCGAUCUGAUUUCCCCUUCUCCACCGCAACUACGAGCAUUCCCUCCUCAGUCUUUGAGCUGUCGUUGAUUUUUGUGGGACGUGAUAUAUAAACAAUGGCGAAAAGCAAGUUAAAAGUUGCGCUGGACCGCGAGCGUGGUGUUGAUCGCAGAGCGCUCAAGGAGAAGGAGCAACUGAAGAAGAAGCAGCAGGUGAAGGUACAGAAGAAGACGGGGUCUGCUUCUGUUACUGCUGGAAACGGAGAGGAGCGGAAUAGCAAGCGUGCGAAGGUCGAUGUGUCUGAGAAGAGUAAGAAGGGAAAGAAGGCGGCUCCUGCUCCUGUUGAGGAGUCUGAAGAUGAAAAUGAAGAAGAGGAGGAGGAUGAGGAGUUUGACGAGGAGAUGGAGGGCGACGAUGACUCCGAGGAGGAAUAUGAGGAAGGUGAUGAUGAUGAUGAUGAUGCCGAAGGUCUGAAGAAUGAGCUCAUGCGCAUGAUCGAUACCGCGAAUCUCGAAGAUGAUCUCUCGAGCGACUCCGAAUCUGACGAUGAGGACGUCAAGGCUAUUGCUGAGGAGCGGAAGAAGGCGACAAAGGCAAAGAAGGAGGAAGUGAAGAGUCAAAAGGUUCCGGCUGCUGAGACUAAGCCUGAGAAGAAGGCUGAUAAGAAGGCUGAUAAGAAGGCUAGCAAAGCAGAGAAGGCCAACGCCAAAAAGCGCGCCCGUGAAGAGGAAGAGGAAGAAGAGAUUGACCCAGAAGAUGACGGCAUCCCAUUCUCAGACGUCCCGACCGAUUCCGAAGACGACGACGACUCCGACGCAGCAGCAAAGGACAUUGUUCCCUACCAGCGCCUGACCAUCAACAACACAAAAGCCCUCGCGUCCUCUCUCUCGUCCAUCGCGCUGCCUUACUCCUCCAUCCCCUUCUUUGAGCACAUGGGUUUCACCGCUUCCGAAGAGCUCAAGAUCGACGACGUCGAAAACGAGCUCCAGCGCGAGCUCGCGUUCUACAACCAGGCUCUCGAGGCCGCGACCAAGGGCCGUGGGAUCUUGAUCAAGGAUAAAGUGCCGUUCGCGCGUCCGGAGGAUUACUUUGCAGAGAUGGUCAAGAGCGAUGAGCAUAUGGAGAAGCUGGCGCGUCAUCAUACCACGCUUGCUGCUGAGGCUGGCGCACGGAAAGGAGGGGCGAAGCCGGCUGGUACGGGAAAGAGCGCAAAGUCUGGGAAGUCGAAGAAGCCCAGACAUAAAAAAUAGGCGCGUGAAGAGUAGAAUAAGUUUUGAGAUGUAACAAUCAAUAUACGAUGCAUUCAUGAUACAUGUUGUGUACUGCCAUAUAUAGAAGUAGGUAAUCGGCUAGGAAAGCAAAGUAGUUUCUAAUUUUCUAUUAUAUCAAGUCUAUUACAAUCAAAGUCUAUUACAAUCAAAGUCUAUUACAA